AUGUCUAAAGAGCGUACAAUGCAAUACCAGGACGAGCUGCCACCACUUCCCUUGCCGCCAUUGGAGCAGACUAUGGAUCAGUAUAUACAGAGCUGUGAGCCAUUAUUAUCACCUAGUGAGAUGGAGCAUACAAAGGCCGUAUGUCAUGACUUUCUCCAUGGUGUCGGGCCACAGCUGCAUGCGAUUUUGCAGGAACGUGCUGACUCUGAGCGUAAUUGGAUUGAAGAGUGGUGGGAGACAUUUGCUUAUAUGCAACCACGUUAUCCAUCAGCCAUUAACAUUAAUUGGUAUGGCGUCUUACCUGGUAAUUGGGGGCCUCGAGAUAUGAGUCAAUGCGAAGCAGCGUCGAUAUUUACUCAUGCAAUCCUUAAAUUCCGGAAGAAUUUACUCGAGGACAAUUAUCCACCGGAAAAGAUGAUGGGACGUCCAUUGUGUAUGUUUACGUACACACGUAUGUUUAAUACGUGUGUAAUUCCAGGAGAAGAAUGUGAUGAAAUGAUGUCGUACCCACACGAUUCAAAACAUAUUCUUGUAUUGCGGAAUAAUUGCAUGUGGGUAGUGCAAGUGCUUGAUGAUCAAGGAGAGGAGAUCUCACUGGCAGAUAUUGUAAGACAAUUUGAGUUGGUGCGAGAUGAAGCCACGGGACUCUUUGAUUUGGAACGAUACCCACCUGUGAGUGUUUUGACAUCGGAGAAUCGUACAAACUGGGCCAAGGCACGGGAUUAUAUUUUAUCACUAGACGACAUUAAUAAGCAGUCAUUUGAUCUGAUUGAGAGGGCGCUGUUUUGCGUGGCUCUUGACGAAAGCUCUGCAUCAACAUACGACGAAAUUGCGCGCAAUUGCUUGCUCGGUGACGGCCGCAACCGCUGGUACGACAAACCAUUCACGCUUAUCAUCCACGAGAACGCUCGUGGUGGUUUAAAUGGCCAGCACGCGUGGGCAGAUGCACUGGUGGUUGUUCGCUUGUUUGACUACUGCAUCAAGUACGUGAAUGAAAACUUCAAGGCCAAGUUUGCAAACCGCGCGAAUUUGAGACCUACUCUUAACAUUAAACCGAAGCGGCUUGACUGGGUGCUAGAUAACGCUGCGUACACAGCCAUUGAAUGCGCCAGCGCGGCAGUGGGAAAGCUGAUCCACAACAGCGACAUUGCGACGAUUCAAUUCAACCACUACGGUUCGGCCUUCCUCAAACGCUACAAAUUGACUCCGGACUUUUUCAUGCAGAUGGCUAUUCAGCUGGCACACUACAAGAUGCACAAGAAAGUUCCUGCUGUCUACGAGACGGCUCACACACGAAUGUUUUACCACGGCCGCACAGAAACGAUUCGUUCACUGUCAAAGGAGUCUCUGACUUUUGUGAAGACGAUGGAAUCGAGUGCAUCCGAUGGAACAAAAUGGGACGCGCUGCGUACGGCCAUCGACGCUCACAAAGAGACGAUGAAGAAAUGCUUGACUGGAAACGGCAUUGAUCGUCACCUCAUGGGACUCCAAAUUGUGGCGGAGAUGUCUGGUAUCACACCGAAGCCUUCGCUAUUCACGGAUCGAGCAUUUGAGUUGAGCAAAAAGUAUUUGGUGUCUACGAGUAACAUUAGUGGCGGUCCUGGUGCCAGCCCCAUUUGGGGCGGCUUCUCGGCCAUGUAUAACGAAGGCUAUGGUGUCUGCUAUGCUCUGCAACCGGACCGCAUCAACGUGAGCAUCACAUGCUAUCACGUGUGCCCGGAAACGAGCGCUGUCGGAUUUAAGCGCCACUUGGAGACUGCUUUGCUGGAAAUGGUGGAUCUUUGCCUUACGCGCAAUGUUAUUUACGUUGGCUCCUCCAAGAUCUAA